ACUUCCUCUUUCUAGCAAUGGUAAAACGAGCAGCAGAACCUGAGACUGAGGAAAAUGCGGAGAAUAUCGACUCAGACUUCAGCGACAGUGACGACGCAGCGUCAGUGUCCGACACGGAGAGUGUAGAAGAGUCAGCACAGGGAAAGAGACUCCGUCUUGCCAAACAGUACCUAGACAAACUAGAAGGAGAGCAGCUGAACACGGAGAAUGAUAGUGAGAUAAACAGAGAUUUGAUAGCGCACCGGUUACAGCAGGAUGUUCUAGCAGAGAAGGGGAAGCUGGAGAUCAGGGUUGGUAAGAGGUUGUGUGUACUAGAGAACAAGUUCACACUUAAAGGUCACAGAAAAUCACCUACCAGUCUAGCUAUUACUGCUACUCACCUGUUCUCAAGUUCUAAGGACGGUGCGAUCAUUAAGUGGGAUAUCAGUACGGGUAAGAAAGUGACAGUUGUAAAACACGACUCUAAGAAACAGAUUCUCGCUCUAGCAGCAUCUUCAGACAACCUGUACCUAGCUAGUGGAGGGGAAGACAAGAUGAUAAUCUUGUGGGAUAUUGCCACCAUGACUUUUGUUAAGUGCUUCAGAAAACACAGAGGGGCUAUAACAGCUCUAGCUUUCAGACGGAACAGUCAUCUUCUUAUGUCGGGGUCAACUGAUCGUAGUGUAAUCCUGUGGAACUGUGAUGAUAAGCUCUAUAUAGAGAGUCUGUAUGGGCACCAGGAUAUAGUAACUGGUAUGGACAGCUUCUUACAAGAGCGGGUAGUGACAGUGGGUGGGCAGGAUAAAACUCUCAGACUCUGGAAGAUUCAGGAAGAAUCUCAGCUGGUGUUUAACGGCCACAAGAACACAGUUAUAGACUGUGUUUCCAUGUUGAACGAGGAGCACUUUGUCACAGGGUCCCAGGAUAACGUACUUUGUGUGUGGCACAUUAAGAAGAAGAAACCUGCUAUCACAGAACUGAAAGCUCAUGCUAAGGGUAGCUGGAUAUCAGCUGUAGCGGCUCUUAAGAAUACUGAGUGUUUUAUAAGUGGGAGUAAUGGGGGAAAUGUUAAGGUCUGGGCUUGUGCUGAGACCUACAGAUCAAUGGCGCUGAUUAAAUCUAUAGAAGUAGUUGGAACUGUUAAUUCAAUAGAUACCACAGAUAAUUCUUGUUUUGUUUUGGGAGUUGGCCAGGAGCCUAAAAUGGGCCGAUGGUGGUGUAAUAAGGACGCUAGGAAUAGAGUUUUAGUUUAUCCUAUGGUAAUUGAGGAUGAAGAGGUUAACAGAUGAUAAAUCAUACUUUCUUUUAACGAUUUAUCAGAGAAUUAAGAAACUAAACUAAACGAAAGCUCUUGUGUAAUGAUACUGUUUUGAUGAAAAUAAAGUUAUGAAUUUGUUCA